AUGAUGUUGCAGCCUCGUAUACCACGAGCUGUUGGUAAUGCCAUACGACUAUCGACUCGCCGCUACUAUGCCUCUGGCUUGGGCCCAAAUCAGUCGCCUCCAGCACAAGGACCACUUUCUGGUAUCACAGUCGUCUCCCUGGAACAAGCGAUUGCAGCUCCUUUCUGCACAAGACAGCUUGCCGACUUGGGCGCUCGGGUGAUCAAAGUAGAGCGUCCUGGGGUAGGCGACUUUGCGAGACAAUAUGACGACAGAGUGAAUGGCAUGGCCAGUCAUUUCAUUUGGACGAACCGCUCUAAAGAAAGCCUGGCCCUGGAUCUCAAGAAGCCACAAGAUCUCGACGUCCUGAAGUCCCUAAUUGGACGUGUCGAUGUGCUUGUUCAGAAUCUGGCACCCGGAGCAACGGGACGAAUGGGCAUGGCAUAUGAGGACCUCAAGGACAGGCACCCUGGUCUGAUUGUCUGCGACAUAUCUGGAUAUGGCCAGGAUGGCCCGUACCGGGACAAGAAGGCCUACGAUCUUCUAAUUCAGAGCGAGGCCGGUAUGCUGUCUGUCAAUGGUGUGCCGCGGAAGACCGGGCCUGGAAAGGAAGACACUGUCAUCGACCCGGCCAAGGUUGGAGUCUCAAUUGCAGACAUUGCCGCCGGCAUGUACUCGUACAGCUCAAUACUCGCAGCUUUGAUGCAACGGCAGAAGACAGGUCAGGGCUGUAAGAUCGACAUCAGUAUGCUGGAGGCCAUGACCGAGUGGAUGUCGUUCCCACUUUACUACACCUUCAACGGAGCUCCUGGACCAACGCCAGCUGGAUCAUCACACGCGUCAAUUUAUCCCUAUGGACCUUUCCAAGCAUCAGAUGGUGCUGUCAUGCUCGGUAUACAGAACGAGCGAGAAUGGGCCAAUUUCUGCAAGACUGUGCUUCAAAACGAGGAGCUAGCUAGUGAUCCACGUUUCGAAAGCAACACACUUCGAAGCCAAAAUCGCGCACAUCUGCAGCAGAUAAUUGAAGACUCUUUCUCAAAGCGCACAGCCAAUGAGGUUGUUGAUCUCCUGGAGAAGGCGUCCAUCGCUAACGCCAAUGUAAACGAUAUGCAUGGCGUCUGGAAGCACCCGCAACUACAAGCUCGAGAGCGGUGGACGGCCGUUGAUACGCCCAAGGGGGAAGUACCGGCAUUGUUCCCUCCAGGUUUUGAGCCGCUCAGUCGGACAGGCCUGCACGCUAACAUGGGCAGAGUGCCAGCCGUUGGAGAGCAUAAUUCAAAGAUCUUGGCUGAGCUUGGACUGUAG